GGAGUUGCGGAAACUGUUAGAGUAGGACCAAUGAUUAUUGAUUCUACACCAGUUGUUUUUGUUAAAGAACUAGACUUGGUUAUUGAAAAUGGAAAUAUUUAUAUUGGAUGGCAAAAUGAUACAUUCAUUGAUCAGGAAGAGAUAGAUCCAGUGAAAUCUAUUCUGUUUCGAAUAGGUAAGGGAUCUAAAUUCGUCACCCCUUUUCUGCAGCAUUAUAGUAAAAAUGAUUGUCCACGAUCUAACAUGGCUGACUGCAUUAUAUACCCUAUUCAACGUCUUCAUCUCUCAAAAACUGAGAACUCGGCCGAGUAUUUGGUAGAAGUAAUAGUUACUAACAAAGCAGGUCACAUUGCGAGUGCAAAGUCAAAGACAUUUCGGAUUCCCUCUCAAAUUCCUCCCGGACCGGGUAUUGUUAUUGAUACUGAUUCUUCAGAGUUUUCCGAUCUGGAUUAUCUACUGUAUCCAUCUAAACUGUGUGUAAAAUGGAAGGGAUUUGAACACCAUGAAAAUAUCACGUUUGAAGUUGGAAUCGGAACGAGAAAGGGUAAAGAUGAUGUUAUUCGUUAUACACAAUCGUCUUCAAAAGAAAACCAUUGUUUCGACACAAAUGUCCUCGAACCUUUUGUGAAGUAUUAUUCUCUCGUAAAAGCCAGUUCCUACGGAGGAGACACCACUGUUUCUUCUGAUGGAGUAACAUUUAUUGAUGAGAAAAAUUUAACAUCAAGCAUUCAAGUAUAUGAUGGUAAAGGAUGUCCUAAAGACACUUCCAAAAAUAUCAUUUUAAUUAAGGUAGACUCUAUGAAAGGAUUUGAAGUGACAUUCAAUGAAACAUUGAAAAUUGGUAAAAUAUAUUCAUUUGUUUUCAACAUAUCAACUAUUUCAAUUAACUCCUCAGACGCGAUGGUAUUGAAAACAAUCACAGAACUCCACCGCAAAAUUGUUAUUAUCAUGGCAAAAUCAAAGUCUCUUAAAUUUUCCACAAAAUCGGAGACUGCAUUUGAAAUCAGUUUUUACCAAUGUAAUUUGGACAAAGACUUCACGGAUCAAACAGAUGGUGUCAUGCUACAUUGGGCAAUGAGACGGGAUGAUAUAAUUCAACCUACGAGUUAUAUUGUAAAGCUUCAGAGAAAAAAUCGAGGGUCUGAGAGUAAUCUUAUUUCGAUGAGAGAACAGUAUAGUAAGGUUACUUCUGCUUCGUUUGAAAACGUUAAAUUAACCGAGGAAACCACUUACUUUGUAGAAGUCUCCCCGUGCUUUGGUCAUGUCUGCCUAAAUUUCACUCCCUCGGAUGGGUUUGUGGUUUGCAAAGAAAAUUUACAAAUAGAAUUUAAAGAAGCCACACUAAAUUUUUCUGGUAAACACAAAAUUCUAACUGCAAGCUGGGAAAAACCAAUCAUAAAGGAACAAAAAAUACAACUUGAAAGAUGGACACUUUCUUUGGACGCGAUGGCAAGAGACCUCCUCUUAAAUUGGACCUUCGUUUUAAAUGGGGAAGAGGUAAAUCAAGAACUCGAUAAUUUUAUACCCAUAGAGAGAAUUUAUUUCUGUCUUCAAAUUUGGACAGAAGAUGAAAACUGGUUUCUUCAGUGUACUUCUGUGACUGUGAUGAACAAUCCUGUUGUAAAUAAUCUUAAUGUUUUAGACGUGGAUCUUAAUACAAUUAAUAGAAGCUUGGCUGAUUUAAUUUCUCGGGUAUCGUUCAGUAAGAAUUUAGGGAAGCUACGGCACACAAUCCAAGAUCUUGAAAUUGAUUAUUGUACACCUGAUGCCAAGAUGUCGGUUCUCGUGCUGGGGCAUGACGAAGAAGAUUUGGACGCAUUCCUUAUGACGUCACCAAACACGCCGGAGUCUGUAGUUGAGUGUAGCAAACGGUUAGACUGUCUGUCAGCAGCGGAUGUCAACAAAGGAAUAGCAAAGUUCACAAACAUACCACUAACUCAUGGAACAAUUUUGUUUUCUUGUAUUCGGGGCAAGAAUGACUCGUAUGGCUGUAGCGAUGGUUUUUUUGUGGAUUCCACGCCACCUCGAGGUGGCCAAGUAACCAUAGAAGAUCAUCAUGGAUUUGUCACCUCCCUUUCAGAUUUAACACUGAUUAUUGAACCAUUUAUUGAGGAUGCCAAACCUACAGGGGAGGACACUCUUUCUCCUAUAAGCUAUUACGAAUAUGGAAUUGGUACAGUGGCAAGAGUUGAUGAUGUACUGGUCUGGCAGAAGACGGCAACACAUGGACCAAUGCGAAUCCGUGAACUUAGUCUUUAUCAAGGAGAGUCCUAUUACCUCAGUGUUUCUGCUACAAACAGGGCAGGACUAAAAAGCGCGUACGUCGUAACCCAGUUCACAGUGGACAUUUCUCCUCCCGAUGCUGGUAAACUUUAUGUAGGUGAUGUCAUGCAGGACUACUACAUAUCGAAUCAUCCUAUAAUGGUCCACUGGCGAGGAUUUGCAGAUGAUGAAAGUAACAUUAUGGAAUUCGAGUGUGGUCUCGUAUCCCACAAUGGGGAAAUCAUCGUACCACUCACUCAUGCAGAUGGCGAUUCAAUGAUUUUUGAUAAUGUUAAAAACCUGGUAGAUGGUCACUCAUACAGAGCAGUCUUAAAGAUAACUAAUCAUGCUCUCCUGUCUUCGAUUGUGUAUUCUCAUAAUUUUACCGUGGAUGUCUCUCCAAUUCAUCCAGGAACAGUUUUUGACGGCUUUGAAAUAAAUACGGACGAAGAUUACCAGACAAGUAUGGAUGUCGUUUGUGCCAGUUGGAACGGAUUCAGUGAUCCUCACUCAGACAUCGUAGCUUACCAGACGGGUCUUGGUACAAACCCAACUUUUCCUAAUGUAGAGCCACUUAGAGAUGUCAGUCUCCGUCAAGAUUACUGUUGGAAAAUUAGUUUGACACCUGGACAGAAGUACUUCACGUUCAUUAAGGCCUGUAAUAGAGCUAUGCUUUGUUCCACAUCGGUUUCAGAUGGUAUAGUUGCGGACAAUUCUCCACCUGUUGCUGGGAUAGUCUACAUAAAAGGUGUUUCAGGACGCAUGGCAUAUUUGCAUGAUAGAACGUCAAUAACGGCAUCUUGGGUAGGAUUCCAAGAUCCACACUCAUCUGUUGAACACUUCGAAUGGUGUAUAGGAACGACGAAAGAAAUUUGUGACAUAUUACCUUUGAGAAAUUCUUUCCUAUCCAAUGAUGUAUAUCUUCCAUCUCUGUGGCUUCCUUUAAGAACUGAUUUAUUUGUAUCCGUAAUGGCGUACAAUAAUGUGAAUCUCACUACCAACAUUAGUUCUCAUGCAUUUAGAGUAGACGACACACCGCCCAAAGUCAUAUCACAGCCAAAAAUCCACACCUUCAAAAGUCCAUUAACUGAAGCAACACAAAUUCAAUAUGAUAAUUCUAUUCUCAGAUUAUCCUGGCUCUUUGGUGAUGAGGAAAGUCGCAUUUCUCACUAUUCUAUUUCUCUAAAAAGUCAUCAUAACAAAAGGGUACCUUAUGAGGGAGUCAUUCACGACAACGUGAACACAAUUAUUAUCCCCUUUAAUGCCACCAAUCGCCUGUUAAAUGGAGACAGAUACUCUGCGGUUGUGGCGGCUUGUAACCAGGCAGGCCUGUGUACAGUCAGUGAAAGCGAACCAAUUCUCAUCGAUUCAAGCCCGCCCCAUUUGGGCGGUUUUACAUCGGAACACUUCUGGCAGGUUUCUACCGACCAGACUAAUCAGACUAGUGCCACUAUUUCUUGGUUUGGUUUUCUAGAUGUUGAGUCAGACAUAGCUUUCUUCAAACUUUCUGUUGGAAAAACAUACAAUGGAGGCGAAUUUACUAAUGGAUUCCUACAAAUAUUAGGAAAUCAGACAUCAGCCACAAUUACUCUUUAUGGUUUCAAACCUAAUGCUCAUAAUGAAAUAAUUUUGUCCAUUUAUGCAAUAAAUUAUGCAGGAUUGAAAAGUAAAACUGCAAAGGCCACAGUGAUUACUUCGAUGUCUGACAAAUCUGGAUUGAAAGGGCGAUUUCUAACUCAGAGGUAUUCCUGUAAAACGUCCUUUUGUAACAAUGAUUGUACCUGCGGGGUAGUUGGUUUGCAGUGUGUGUUUAAUGGCAAAAAUACUUGCAGGAAAGUAAAUCACACAAACACCGAGGUUUUUAUAGGUUCCUCAAAUUUUUCGGACAAUUUCAUUCAAUCAUCUACUUCCUGCAUUGCUGGUUCCUGGAGAUCAAACUCAAGCAAUAUCAUAAGAUACGAGUGGACAGUGGGACUGGCUAACGAAUCUCCAGGGCAAGGAAUAUUUGACCUUCAAAAGGAAAAUCCAUGGAGAGAUAAUGAUUUGGAAACCACCAUUCUAUUUUGCUUACCCGCACACAAGACUUUAAUAAACAAACAAAAGUAUAUUCUUAAUGUUAGAGCUUGGAUCUCACAGGAUGAGUAUGGUAUCUUCGAAAGCAAAAGCAUAACAAUUAAAGAUACCCCAUCUAGAGUCAGAAAAGGAAAAUUUAUUUCUGAAUCCAGAAAUGAGGCAUGUGGAGUAGACCUCGAGUUUGCCGAAAGCCAGUGGAAAAUAUGUGCCUGCUGGAAAAAUGUGUUUAGUGAUGCUGAUCGAUUAGUGUACAGUUUCAGCGUCGGAACCUCUCCAAAACUGGACGAUGUAAUCGAGCCAACCAACCUUGACAAUCACACAGAAUAUUGUCCUUCCCUAUCGCUAGUUCCCGGUUUGCGAUACUUUUUUACAGUAAAAGCUGUUAAUAAUAUUGGACUUUAUACCACUUUAUCGUCCGAUGGAUUUCUUGUUGAUGACAGUUUACCAACCUCUGGCGUGGUAUUCAACUCACUCUCACAGGAAAACAAACCAUUCUUCUCAAGUAAAACUCCUACUGGGGCAUCUUGGAUUGGUUUUACCGACACGGAGUCCUUCGUAAGAAACUUUUCAUUCGGGACCCAAAUCUUUGAAAAUGGUUCGUUCCAUCUCUUAGCGUUAACGUCCGCAAAUUUCUCUGCAACAGCUACAUCACCCAUUUUAAAAGAUAGCUCGACAUACAGGUAUUCUGUACAAGCCAGUGAUGCAGCAGGACAUGAGAGUAUUUUAGCGUUUUCCCCUUCAUUUACUGUAGACAACACUGAACCGAGUAGUUUUCAAUGUAAAGAUGAAAGCUUGAUUCGACAAAAACUUUUGCGUUCAGAGAAAACAUCUUUUAAUAUUUCAGUUCAACAAGGACUCUUUUAUAAGUUUUAUAUUUAUGAUACAGAGGCUUCCUGGGACACUGAAAUUGUCCUGAGAUUUGAAGAUGAAAUUAUGCGCCUUCCUGUGAAAAUGAAUGUUAAUGGAUCUGCCAAUAUCCAUCACGCCAUACUGGCAACAACGUCUGGAAUAAAAACCAUUUCGGUCGUACAACAACAGAUACCUAUUCAUAAACUAAACAUUAGCAUCUAUCAAUGUCAUCCUGAUGCAUUUACUUCAAAACGUGUGAUAGAAUUCACACAGCUUUCACCAGACAUGUUGCAAGCAUGUGUCAAAGCUAUGGAUCCUGAAAGUGGAAUACAAAGAUUUGAGCUUGGCAUUGGAACAACUGAAAAUGGAACCCAGAUAAAACCUCUAGCUGAUAUUGGGAGAAAACAUCAUUUUUCGAUGCACUUCUCUCUUCCCCAUGGUUCUCCAAUAUUUUUGCAUGUUGUUGCUGAAAACGCCGCCAAAUUACAAAACUUUUUUACAUCGAACAAAAGUAUUGCCGACCACACACCACCCUAUAUAGUGAUUCUUUCGGAAAAACUGGAAUAUCAAGAGGUUGACAACAGCACUCUGAUUAAAAUGAUCCUACAAUUCCGAUCGGAAGACAUCGAAAGUGGAGUCAAAUUCUGUAAAGCUUGCAUCAAGAGCAUACAAGGAGCCGUUAUUUAUCCCUGCGAGACUACGGCAAGUCCCUUUGUGUCAAACUACAUUAAUGCCACACACGGAACGAAACUCGUACCUGAGGUGGUCUGUGUCAACGCAUUAGAACUACAAACAACACUGCAAGGAGGAAUCAAUAUCGUUUCCAUUAAGAAACCGUCACUUGAGAACGCAAGGGUCGAAUUCGUGGUCCCUGAUCCAUAUUUUCGAAUAGAGGGUGAUCCAGUCCAAAGUGAUACAACCGGAAUACAAUUCCGGUGGUUCGGCUUUGAAGAUGACUCUGAAAUAAUCUCCUAUGAUGUCAAGCUUCAGAAGGGUUCAAGUAUCAUUCAAAACUGGGUCAAUGUUGGCAGACAUGACUAUGCUUCUUUCAGUAACCUUGUACUCCGAGAUGCAGAAAUUUACACAGUCUUUAUCCGGGCAAGGAACAGUGGUGGAUGGAUAAGUCCUGCUCUAAAUGCUUCUGUUAGAAUCGAUGUGCAGCGACCUGUCCUAACAGGUUUUCCCGCCAUAUUACAUUCACUGAAUAAAGACGGAUUGUACAGACUUGACUGGAGCCGUGUGUUCGUUUAUAACGAACGUCAUCCUACUAGAUAUGACGUCAGCGUUGGGACUUCUGCUGGAGCUAGUGAUAUUCUGCGCCAAGAUGGCUUAGUGGACACCACCUACGAUCUAGACGACAUGGAGCACAUAAGUGUGGUAUACGUCGUUGUGAGAGCCUCGUUUCCAACUCUAACAUCUAAAGUAUACGCUGGAAGAAUUGUUUUACAAUAAUUUGUGUGAUUAUAUUUCAGACGUGAAAUAUACAAUUGAUAUAUAAUCAGAUUUGAGGACUUCUUCUUUAUUUCUCUGACUUUUACUGAAAUGCUAGUACAAAUUGAUUUUUUGUUUGUUUUACCCAUUUUGCAUUUUAAAUACUUGUAUUCUGCA